UGGCCACCCAAAUCUUUUGUUACUUAGAAGACUGAGUCAAAGCUUUCAAACUCAUUUACAUCAAGUAAAACUGGCAAAAAAAAAUUAAACAAUUAGUUUUGCUUCAGCCGUUGACGAUCCAUUCCGUACCAAUUUUUUUUGGUAUGGCCAGUAGCAAUGACGCGACAGUGUAAGGCAUACAUUCACACGACCCAGGUGUCCACCAAUUUAGGCGUCAUGAUGACCUUUCAAUCAGUUCGAUCUAUUACUCAUCAUGGCUGGAAAAGUUGCGUAAAGUGUCGAGAAAUACGAUGCUAUAAUGCAUCAAGUGGUUUCGACGAAUACAAAGAGAGUUGGUCAGACUUAGACUCUGAAAUAAAUGGUCAACUCGCAGCAGAACGAAAAUUUAUAGCAUGAACGAUGGAAUGUCUAGGAGUGAUGAGUAUACGCCCACUGCAGCAACCGUAACGUGAUUGACGCAACUGGGAUAAUGUUGCGUGAGAAGCGCAUCUUUUAAUGCUCUGAACUACAAUUUUAAUGUCGAAAAGCGCGAUAGCGGAAUUGUUAUAAUUUCUUGGCUAGCAACGUACAAUAAUGGUGUACGUGACAGCCAUUGAACAGCUUAUUAAGGUAGAAGCGGUGACUUCAUUUCGAUUGGUCCAUGUAACUCUGGAUUGAUGCCC